GGGAGAGCCUCAAAAUGAUCAGUGCCCGGGAAUGCCACAAGCUCAUCAUCUUCGUCUCAACUUCCAAGAUCCUCUGUAACGAUGUUUCAAAUAUAGAACAACUUCGUUCCUUCUUCAUUUACUCUCAGAUCAAUAUCUUAUCUUUUUGCAAGAUAUACGUCUUGCCUGGACUGUUACUUGCCGCUCAUGGAUUGAUGACAUCUCGGUCCAAGCUAUUUUGAUGCAGCCAGUGCCAAAAGAAGCAACGGGUCACCAGUACCGCCUCCUUCCCGAAGCAGCGACCUUAUAGCAACUGACGGUCUCAAUUUCCUUUCAAACCAUCUACCAACAACAUCACAUCAUCUACGGAGCUUUCCAUUCUCCGCCAUGUUGGGACUCCUCCUUGCCAUUUCGGUCCUCAGCUCGACCUGCCUUGCAAAGGCAGUACCUCCCACACCAUCACAGGCUCCCAAGCCGUUUCUUAACAUCACAGAAUUAGUCGCUUGUGUACCUCCUAGCAUCAGAGUCACAGUGGUUUCUCCCGGAACUGGUGGCAAGAAUACCAGCACCCAGCUAUCUGUGCCGCUAUUUACAGACUGCACAUACCAAAAAACAACACCUGUAACACCUGGCCAAAAUAACGCCCCAUCGUCAGCCAUAAGUUCAAGCGCGGACUACAGCCAAUUUGUGGAUGCCAAUGGCAAUGCUCUCGACAAGAACAGCGUGAACACGUUCCUUGGGUUCUUUGGGGAUUCUGUUGACCUUGAUGUCAUCCUGGAGGUGACAGCAUGCGCAAUUACGGAUACAAACAACAAUGUCGACACGAUCCAAUCAGAAAAUGAGGCUCUGAACGAUGGAAAUUCCGUCAGUAUCCUCAAUUACCAAUGCAUCACGGAGCUCAUUGAUAGUUGAUGGCUUCCGCCUAGUUCCAAGUGUGGAGAGUUGGUCUUCUCACUUUUGAUACAAACACCGAAGCACGGACUUGUCACGAUGUUCGAAGAGAGGGAGCGUUGUUGGUCGACCGUUGAUUUUGAUCCAGCUAUUAGCUGCAAUGGAAUCUGCCAUCGCGGGGUCGAUGCGUGGCUAUUGAUGUCGGAGGAGAAUCAAUGUGAGGAGUCAGCCUGAAGUCUCCGAGAGAUUCAAGAGGCAAGAGACUUGAUGAGCUUCCUAGAGGAAUGUCUCAUGACGAAUAUACCCCGGAAAAUAGUUUUGAGACAAAAUGUGUAUCUCCAGAUCUUCAAUUCCUGC